AUGCUGUUCCAUACUAUUGUUGCUGGUCUUCUGGCCUCCGUGGCCAUGGCCGCCCAGUUGCAGCAGGUCACUUAUCCUGCUGCUCCUCAGUCUCGGGCUACUAUGUGGGUCUACGUCCCGGACAACGUCGUCGAGAACCCUCCCCUCGUCGUCGCCAUCCACUCCUGCCAAUCCUCCGCCCAGAACUACUUCCAAAAUGCCAAAAUUCCCUGGCACCAGGGCUCGGACCGUAAGGGCUACAUCACCGUCUGGCCCAGCAGCUCCACCGAAUGCUGGGACGUGUCGAGCCGGCAAUCUCUCGUGCGCGACGGCGGGGGUGAUUCCACUGCCAUCGGCAACAUGAUCAAGCAUGCUAUCGAGACGUACAAGAUCGACAAGGAUCGUGUUUUCGUUACGGGUGGUAGCUCUGGAGCUAUGAUGUCCAACGUCCUCGCCGCAACCUACCCAGACAUCAUCAAAGCCGUAUCCCUCUACUCCGGCGUCCCAGCCGGCUGCUUCGUCUCCGCCUCCGGCGGCGUCGCCCAAUGGAACAACACCUGCUCCGGCGGCCAAUCCCACGCCUCCGCCGAGCAGUGGGGCGACGUCGUCCGCGCCAUGUACCCGGACUACGACGGCCCUCGCCCGCGCAUGCAGAUCUGGCACGGCAGCGUCGACACCACCCUCAGCUCUAACAACUACCAAGAGACCAUCAAGCAGUGGACCAACGUCUUCGGGCUGCCCGAGAAGCCUGUAGAGGAGAUUCAGAAUUAUCCGCAGGCGAACUAUGUGACGCAGAAUUUUGGGGAGGGCGUGCAGGGGAUUUGGGCGGUUGGUGUGGGGCAUUCAGUGCCGUCGAACUUGACGGCCAGUGAGGAGUGGUUUGGGUUGUAA